AUGGUGGAGAAGGAGCGAGGGACUCAAGCAGCUGAAGGCUUAAGUGACCGUGUCAUCUUCAAAGUGGAUGUCCCAGCCAAUCGCUACGACCUGCUGUGCAUCGAGGGCUUAGUCCGAGCACUCCAGAUCUUCAAGGGCGUCAUCCCAGCGCCGCUCUACAAGCUCUCUUCACCCAAGCCGGUACCGCAGAUGACGAUGACCGUGAAGAAAGAGACUGCACAGAUUCGUCCCUUCGUGGUGUGCGCGAUCUUGCGGAAUGUGACCUUUGACCAGGAUCGCUACGAGAGCUUCAUCGAGCUCCAGGACAAGUUGCAUCAAAACAUCUGCAGACGCCGGACCUUGGUGGCCAUUGGGACUCACGACCUCUCCACGUUGAAGCCGCCCUUCACCUACGAAGCGCUGCCGCCCAAGGAGAUCCUCUUCACUCCUUUGAACCAGACGGAAGAGAUGGAUGGCAACCGGAUGAUGGAGGUCCUGUCAGCACACCAGCAGCUGAAGACCUAUUUGCCCAUCAUCCGUGACAGCCCGGUCUACCCGGUGAUCUACGACAGCAACCGAGUGGUGCUGUCCUUGCCCCCCAUCAUCAACGGAGAGCAUUCGAAGAUUAAACUGGAAACCAAAGAUGUCUUCAUCGAAUGUACUGCCACUGACCUCACGAAGGCCAACGUGGUGCUCAACACCGUGGUGACCAUGUUUGCGGAGUACUGCAAGGAACCCUUCAUUGCAGAGCCGGUGGAAGUCGUCUAUGCAGAUGACUAUCCAGGAAAUACCUUCAUCAAGCCAGGAGACAAGAAGAUCUACCCCAUGCUCGAGCCCCGAGAGAUGACCGCGAACCUCGCUCGGAUGAAGCAAGCCCUGGGCCUUGAGAAGCUCAGCGGCGAGGAGGUGCGAGACUACCUGCGGAAGAUGAGCUUGCCGUGUGAGGUGGACAGCAAGGACAAAGAGCUGUUGAAGGUUCAGGUUCCGGUGACCCGCAGUGACCUCAUGCACGAAUGUGAUCUCAUCGAGGAUUUAGCCAUCUCAUAUGGCUAUAACAACUUGGAGACCAGUGUUCCUCAGACUGUGGCAGUGUCUGGCGGGCAGCCGGUGAACAACUUGUCGGACAUGGUUCGGCAAGAGCUGGCGAUGGCUGGGUUCACCGAAUGCAUGAAUUGGUCGCUGCUGUCUCAGAAGGAAAACUUUGCCUGCAUGCGACGGGAGGCAGACCCAAAGGGAGCUCAACUCACGGUGGAGAAGCCGCAUGAAUACAGUGCCACCUCUCCCUCCGUCUCCGUUUCGAACCCCAAGACCAUUGGUUUUGAGAUUGUUCGGACCACACUGAUCCCUGGGAUUUUGAAGACUCUCGCCAACAACAAGCAACUGCCACCGCCGAUCCGGCUCUUCGAAGUUGGAGACGUGGUGAUCCAAGAGCCCACGCGAGAAGUGGGCUGUAAGAACGUGCGACGAUUGGUGGCCGUGCACUGCAACAUGCGCAGCCAAUUCUCUUUGUUGCACGGAGUCUUAGACCAGCUGAUGUAUUCACUGAAUUGUGAGCCUCAACACGAACAGAAGGAAGGCUCCAAACGAAGAACCUUUAAGCUCGAGCCCAGUGACGACCCUGCCUUCUUCCCCGGAAUGCAGGCGCACAUCAUUUGCUCGGGCAUCAAGGUUGGCGUGAUUGGCGAGCUACACCCAGAGGUCUUGGGUAAGAAAGGCUUCGAGAUCAAUAUGCCAACCUCAGCGAUGGAGCUCAAUUUGGAGCCAUUCUUGGAUUGGCUUUGA